CACGGAAGUGACCGGAGCAGCAUAAAGCGGUCCGCGCCGUUCCCAGUCGCUCUAACUGGUUCAGACAGCGGCCAGUUUAACAGUUCCAGCUGACCUCGGUACUUUUAUCCAGAGACGGCGGGAUGGAGAAAGGGAACUUUUUAACCGUUUCUUUGAGUCUGGUUGUAGUUUUAGCUUCAGCCGGAGUGAACUGCUCAAACCCUGGAUUUAGGAGAGUGAAGAAGGCGCAGGUUUUGGGGUUUGAUUGGAAGAACUGCGGGAAGCCAGAUGCUCCAGCUGUCCUCGAGAGUCUGACGGUGUCUCCAGACCCGAUCUCCAUCCCAGGAGAUCUGACGGCCUCUGCGUCUGGAUCCACGACUGUAGAGCUGGACUCCCCUCUGUCUCUGAGCGUGGUCCUGGAGAAGGAGGUGGCCGGUUUCUGGGUAAAGAUUCCGUGUUUGGAUGAUCUGGGCAGCUGCCAUUACGAGGAUGCUUGUGAUCUCCUGAACCAGGUGAUCCCUCCAGGUCAGGACUGUCCUGAACCGCUGCACAGCUACGGGCUGCCCUGCCACUGCCCCUUCAAAGCCGGCUCGUACUCUCUGCCUCAGUCGGACUUCUACCUGCCUGACAUGGAUCUGCCCUACUGGCUGACUAACGGACAUUACCGCGUUCAGGGCGUGCUGGGCAGCGAGGGCAACGAGCUGGGCUGUCUCAAAAUCGCCCUGGCCCUUCACUCCGACUAAAACCAACACCAAGGACACACCAGAGGUUUCAGGUCUUUUUGCACGUAAACAUGAUUGAAAACUGGGAAAUGAAAGCAGAAGUUGCACAAAGUACUGAGAUUUAAAAGCCUCACUAAAGGUCAAUGAAAAAUAUGUUCUGCAUUAACUUGAAGGUUGAACUUCUGCAGUCUUAGAACGCUUCUGAUGCACGCUCAGCUAGUUAAUUUAGUUACAAAGAAAACCACGAUCCCUGCUUCAAUGCUUCAGUGAUAACUAGACAAUCACACAAACACAAGUUUAAUGAAAUCUGAUCUUAACAGUGUUUCCUCUUUUAUAGGGCCUAGAAACAUAUAAACUAGAACGUUACUGCCAGGAUAAUGUCUCCAAGUUUCUCCAAGUGUUCAAUCAUCUCUGAAACAUUUAAAAAAAUACUUUGGAUGGAUAGAAAAAGUAAUUUUAAUGUUAUUUUAUUCUUUAAUGCUUGCAAUUCAAGUUAGAAUAACUUUCCUUUGAGUUAAGGUUAGCUGUUUCCAUUAUUUUAUUUAAUAUAAGCACCAAUAUGCACCAUAGGACCAAAACACUGGUAACUUUUCAGACUGAACACAGAAACUACAUCCCUAAAAUCCAAACAUGAUCAGAUAUUCUUCUUAUUUUGACUCUAUUGUCUGUUCAAGGUCCACAACGAAAGAAAUAAUCACCCCGUUAUCAACACCAGUGAUGAUGGUUUUUUGGUCUAAGUCUCCAGCAGAGCCAACAUUUCUCUCAUGUUUGACCAUGAAAAUAGCUCAGUUUGUCCAACAGGUCACUUCUGCCUGAUUAAAAAACUCUCCUCUGAUUCGCUGGUAGGCAGCAUUUCAUCAAUACAACUCAACUUUUACACAUCAGCUUCCACCAUCAGUUCGUGCCACGUUAGAUGCCGAUGGGCCGAUGUCUGUGAAAAAGGGCCGAUACCGACCAGUACAGGCUUUAGACCGAUGCUUCUUUGCAUCCCAGAUGUUGCAUUACACUCAGCUCACAGUACGCCAGGAUACCGUCUUCACAUGAGGAUUUGAUCAGGAUAUUGUUGGUUCCUCUUGGUUUUCUCCCCCGUGUUAGCAGUGUGGUCUUGUUUUCUCUGUUGACUGAUGACUCAGCCUGUCCUGGGCCGAGGGUGGCAUGCCUCAAUGUUGUCACAGCCCAGCUCUAUUCCCUUGGAUAGGGGAGAAAACAGCCACCAGCUGUACCACAGAGCUAAUAUCCUGUUCGCCGGGCCACCCUGCAUUGUCAGUGGCCGCUGCCCCGGCAUGUGAGCAGGGUUUAACAUGGAGCCUGGAGCCAUUGUCGUUCAUCCUCAUGUGUUGUUCCAAGUCUGUGACCCUGCUGUCCUGGUCGGCAAACCACCUUUUUUUUUUGUUUGUUUUUUUUUUUAGCAUUCUGGAUAUGCCGCUUUCACCUCCUCCAACUCCAGGACGCCCGGUGAAAGAGUCAAGCAACUUUGUAAAGACCCCCUCAGCUGAUGGAGCCCUUUUAGGACCCAUGGCGACUGGUUUCCAGGCUUCACUGGUUGUUUUUGCUGCAUCUGCUGUUAGUAUAGCAGCUAUCAUCGGUCUGCUUGGGAAUGAUUUUUUAAAAAGAUAAAUAUUUGGGCUGUUUAUGCCUUUACUUGAUAGUGGAGGGUUAGGGUUAGGGUUAGACAGGCCUACAGUGGUGGUGAGAGAGUGGAGGAGAAAGGUGUGGGACAGAGGCCACAGGCGGGACUUGAACCCGGGCCGUCAGCUUGCAUGGGGAACAACCUUACGGCGAGGCCACCUGCACCCAUGUGAAGAUGAUUUCUAGUGUAAUUCUCAGGCACAGUAUCUCUUUUAGAAAUAAAUGUAAGUAAUAUUGAGAGUUUUGAGGUUUUAGUCACAAAUAAGACUGUAAAUAUUUUUUCACCAUACAGAAAAAUCCCCAGAGCACGCAGUGGAUGCAACAGUCUCAUGGUGGUACAAAUGUUUUAGCCAGACGGCGCUCACAGCCUCGGUUUCAGAGCUCCUCAGCGGCGUUUUUUACUGCUUUGUUCUGGAAGUUUACCUCGGCAUUCCUCGUUCGUAUUUAUUUAUGUAGCUCAGCCUCCUGAACAUGUCAGCGAUAAAAAACUGAAAGGACUCUGAUGAAAAGGAGUCCUGUCCUGGCUUUAGCAGCAGCUACAGAGCUGUACACUUCCUGUAAACUUUACCCUCCAAAAUACAAGUCUGAGCAGUUUCUCUGCCACCACUGCUUGUUGACAAAGCUGGUAUGUCCCAUCACCUCCUGAUUUUGAUUGGUCAGUGACAGAGAUGAGCCUGUUUUUCAAGUUUUCAGCUAAAAACAGAGGGCGCUUUAGCACCGUGAUAAUCUUUGCCUUUUCUGAGCUGCACCAGUUUGCAUUUAUUUAAACUGUGGAGUCAAUAUUUUUCUUUAUGAAAAAUGAUUUCCUAAACUUCUGUUCAGAUUUAAGGAAUUCUAAAUCAAAUCCUGAAUCAAAUGUGUGCUCCUCUCCGAUGAUACUGCAGCUCAUUGCUCAGCUCUCGCUCUGUAGUGAUGGAAAGUUGAUUCUAAUCAGAUUUAGUUGGAAACUCCUCAGAUGAACAAAGCAGCAGCGUGUGCUCCUGGCACUGAAUUAAAGAGAGCUUUUCAAAGACACAGAGGCUCCGACUCAUUAAGGUUAGACUGUUUCCUCUAAUUAGAGACAGAAAUCCUUUAUCUCUCCUGAGAUUUAGACACAGACACACCAGUGCAGCUGUGGUGCUGGAUGCAGUUUCUGCAGUCUUGUCUGAAUCCUGCACAGAUCCGAGCUCUCAGGCUGACCGAGUUCAAGGAGGGCAGGUAGACUUUACUGAGAGACUGGACUCUGAAAAUGUGAUUUUGGUUUAUUUAAAAGUGCAAAAGAAAGUUUCCUUCCUGAGUGGAGCUAGAAAAUACGACUCAGCAGAAAAGGAAAACCAACAGUCUCAUCUUUGUGAUUUUAAUGUCCCCACACUUGUGGAUGAAGCCUUUUUAAAAUCAUUUAUAUUUCUUUCUUGUAGAGAUCAGAAAUAUAUUUUUGAUUAUCUUAAUUUUGCAGAAGUUUAAAGUAACAGGAGUUUAAGCUGAUUUGUUUAAGCUUUUAGAAGUAGACUCAUAGACUCAUGGAGCUUUGUUAAUGAAGGCCAAGUGUAACAUCCAGGUUUGACCACUAGGAGGAGAUGUUUAAUGCCAAAAUACACCGUCUCAUAGUCUCAUACCACGACACAAACUGCAGUGUGCCUGAGUCUGUUCUCCUGAUCUUGAUGCUGACAUUUUAGAUAUGGCAAGACUUUUCAAUUUCACUUUAAAAAUAAAACAAACUUUUAUUUUGAAAGCCUGUUGGAUUGAAAAGUAGCUUCAUAGCAGUUUUUUUUUUUUUUUUAACCCAAAGCUGCAACGAGAGAAAGAGAAAGCAGCAGGCUGACAAUUAUUGACAUUUCUCAGUCCAUUUAGAGUCUUCCAGAGAAAAAAUGAAUGUUUGAUUCUCUUACAAACACAGAUUAAAGGAUCGCAUGUGCUUCCAACACAGGUGUGCAGUUUGACCUGUGCUCAGCUGUUUGGCUGCAGCUUCAGGUUUUAGAAUAAUGGAGGCCUAGACCUCCUUUUAGUACCCAGGUAUCAAAACAGAAAGCAUUACAACUGUAUGUUUCUCAUAAUAAAGUUUUAAAAGUCUGGGGCUGUUAACAUCCUACUUUACUCAUGAAAUUAUAAAUAGAGUCACAAAGCUCAGUCUUUCAGUUACUGCCAAAAAACCCGGUGAAGAAAGGUACAAAUUCAAAUGCGUCUUUAGCUGACACAUUGUCCUACCGCCUGCAAGCAUUGGAUAUUUCACAAAAGAGGUAUAAAUAAAUAAAUCAAUAAAUACCUUCAUCUAAGUCUGCUGGUUCUGGUUUAAACUGCAGUUCCUGGGCCAUGUCUGAAGAGUUUCAUUGGUGCCAUGUGGAUCAGAAAUCACAAACUCAUGAGAGAACAAAAACAUGCAAACAGCAUCACAUGGAAAUCAUGGAAAUGUUUUUGUUCACCAUGAAACAGGAAGGAUUUUUUUUCUCAGAGACUUCAGACACUGUUAGAGCUUUAAGUAUGAUCAUAGUGGAUUAAAAUGUGCCAAAACAGUUCUAAUGAUGUACAGAAACACUGUUUACCAAGCAAGUUUGACUGUUUUACAGUAACUUCAAAUCUUUUCUGAUUCAGAAUGAGAGUUUUAGUCUCAGGAAGUUUGUCGCCUGUAAGUUUAGUGACUUGUUUUAACAGGGAGAGCCUGGAUGUUCUUGUCCUGUGAGUUUUACUGAUAUUCGGAUUAGAAGAGGCCCUCAUUGUGGGCUGAAUUCAAGAAGAACCUCUUAGACCCUCAUUGAUAUCAGUCCUCUCCUUUUUUCAGUCAAAAAUGUUGUGCUUGAUUUUUUAUUCUGUGUUUUAAGACUCUGAGAAAGAAAACCUUCCUGUUCCAUGGCGAGCAAAACUCCCCAUGAUGACUUCUGCUUAAGCUCACUGGAACCCACUGGCACGAGAACCACACCAUUUCUGUUCUUCACAUCACAUGUGUGUGAAGUUUCUGCAGUUUUUAAAGGGGGUGAGUUUUACCUUCCUAACGAUGUCGUGGUACUAGAAUAGCUCUAAUGUUAGCAGGAGGGAGCUGCUGUUCCAUUAGUGGGAUUAUUCCUUUAAAAGCAGCAGAUUUGUUUUAAAUUUGUGCUUCUUUAUUUUUGUGGGCAGUUCUUACCUGUGCAGGUGUUACAUGGACUUAAAGGAAGCUGGCCGUUAUAAUACAUUCAUUCUUCCUGUUUGUAUGGCGGUAAACAUGGGGGGAAUGAUUCUAGUUUACUGAGAAUGGACACGUUAGCUUUUACCUGCUGUUUCUGAUGUUAGUCCUAUCAUUUUGUUCCUGUUAAGAAGUCUAAUGGAAACCAGCAUCUGCUUUCAGUUCUCAUUUUAUUUAUCAUUCUGCCUUUUCUACUUCCUGUUUUAUUCUCAGUCUGUUUUUUCAUAACCACUGAUUGUUUUUUUUGUUUUUUUUUAUAAAAGAGUUUUCAGCCAAUAAGCUGAAGCUCUGCAGGGAAUUUAGCAGACUUGUUUCUUGCAGUGUGACUGAUGUAUAUUAGAUUUGUACUGAUUUUUUUAUCAUGAUUGUUGUUAGUUUCUUUUCCCUAAGUGCCUGCUUAGAUCAUUAAGAGGAAAAAAAUGAAAUUAAAUAAAAAAAGAGACAAAAGAUGAAAUCCAGACGUGUUUUAUUAGAUAAUCAUGAUUUGAUUAUAUUUUAUGUUUUUAGAGUCUAGCUUAUGAAUUUGGAUGAUGAGCUAGUUUCAAUGCUGAUGAAUGUUUCCACAUACACCAUAUACUCUUUUUAAUAAACCUGACACCACAAACA